CAUCGCAAAGUAAGCAAGAUCGGUAGAUCCCUCUUCUUUCUUCACAGCAAAUGGAUUAGAGCAUUGAUCUCCUGUUCUCAUUUUCUCUGCGAUAACAAAUCAAUGGGAAAUCACAUACAGAAUUUCCUGAACAAAAUCUCCAUAGCUUGUGCAUCCAUAGCCACAAUCACUCUUCUCUUCCUUUAUCUCCAAACCCCAGAAACUUGCAUUCCACCAAACGCCCCAAUCACAAAACCCCACGUCAAAUUCCCCUCCUCCACCUGCGAUCCUUCUCUGAAUCACCCCUACCUCUCUCUCGCCAAGAAAAACCAGCGCCUUUGGUCCUCCAAGUCCUGGCUCUCUCAGCUAUCCUCCUUCACCGCUUUCUUUUCACAGCUCCAACACCUCAAUCUCUUGCAUAACCACUCCAGAGUCCUCUGUGUCUCCGCCGGUGCUGGCCACGAAGUUAUGGCGCUGAAUAAUAUGGGUGUCAGCGAUGUUACUGGUGUUGAGUUGGUGGAUUCUUUGCCACUUGUUAGAAGGGCUGACCCCAAUAAUUUACCUUUUUUCGAUGGGAUGUUUGAUUUGGCUUUCAGUGCGCGUUUGGUGGAGGCACUUUUUCCAUUGAGGUUUGCUGGGGAGAUGGAGAGGACGGUGAGGAGAGGAGGGGUGUGUGUGAUAGUUGUGGAUGAGUGUGGAGAAGAAGAGGUGGGUGAGAUUGUUAGACUGUUUAGGGGGUCCAAAUUUGUUGGUGCUGAGAAUGUCACCUUGAUUGGAGUGAAGAUGACUAGGAUCAUCAUGAGAGUUGGUGUUUCUUCUCCUUCAUGAAUCCUUUUUCUCUUGCAGUGAAGGCGCUGUUUCAAUCAUUUGAUCUCCAAGACACAGAUUGACUUUAUAGCAAUCUUGAGGUGGGUAGAACAUUCCCCUUUUAAGGUAAAAAGUGUGUUCAGAAUGUUCCUACUUCUGCACAUGGAGAUGGAGAUGGAGUAUGUCAUUGAGGAGCAAGUCACUGUAAUGCCUAAGGCAAGUAUAGUUUGUCAGCGGGUUAUUUGCCCAAGCAAUUUUUUUAAUGCAACAACAUUGUUCACAUCAUGUUCAAAUUCAGAGGGAAUUGAAAAAUUAUUGAAGGUUGGGAAAUAAUAGAACUUGGAUUAUUGUUUGGGGACUAGUGGCUCAAUUGAACUUGGUACAAGUGGUUCUAAUAUUUUCAUACUUUAA